AAAUUCAAUAUCUCACAAUCUAUAUAUAUUUGGUCCUCUUCUUAUAUUUCUUCUAUAUAUAGAAAGAGAUAAAGAAAGAUCAUUGAGAGAGAAUAGGAUUGUACUAAAAUCACUUGAAUAGCUGAUGAUGGAUAAACCAGCUAGGUCAAAAAACAAGUUCUUAAUGUUUCUACCAAAACCAGCUUCAGCUAAUACCUUCCAAAACCAUACUUUCAGCCCAACAAAAGACAAGAGAUCAGAAUUUCAUCAAACAAAGCUCAAAACCCACAUCGGAAAAGGGUUCUCCGGUCCGAUCAUCUCGAUAAUUCCGGCAGAUGCACGCCGGAAUACGAAGAACUCGAGCUGCGAAGCCCAACAAGAACCCACUUCACCAAAAGUCUCAUGCAUGGGCCAAAUCAAGCACAAGAAGAAGGUAAUAAAGAAUGAGAAACAUGCUUCGCCGCCUAAAGAUUUCAAGCCUGUAGAGCCAAAGAAGAAGGUAUCGAAAAUUCGGAGUCUGUUCAGUAGUAAAACACCUACUGGUAGAAAAUCAGAUGAUUCUGAUGGUAAGUCUGACUUGUCUGAUAAAGCGCCGAGCUUGAGUCAAACUACGCGGUUUUCGAAUGGUCGUGAUUCGCUUUCCUCGCUCGAUUGGAUGGCUCAGGUUGCUCCGGUGGAUGGAGAUUCUGAUGAAGAGAGUGAAGAAGAAGAAGAGGAGAGGGAGAUUAUAAUUCCUUUCUCUGCACCAAUACUGGUUGGUGGAGGUGGAGGUGGGGUGGUUGCUUUGGAGCCAAGGAAGGAAAUUAAUCUAUGGAAGAGGAGAACCAUAGCUCAACCUAUGCCUCUUCAAGUUAAUACCCUCUUUUGAUGGAGCUUUUGAUGGAGCUGAGAGUGUUCGGUUUUAAAUAACAGUAGUGGAAUACAUAUCAGUAUCGACGAUCUUAAAUAUCAACCGAUAUAUCGAUCAAUAUCAAUAUGAUAUUAGAAAUUCAAAAUUCUAAUACAUAGAUGUAUAUAUUUAAAAUUAUUGGUCGUUUAUUUCUCCUUUUGUACUACCUUAUCACAUUCUCAUUUAAACUUUAACUUCGAUGGUGUGAACAUCGCACAGGAAGUGAGACAAAUGAUUUGAACUAAGUUGAUAGAGGUUACAUAAGACAUUCUUUUUGGCCUCUUUUGUAUUUUCAUUUUGUUUUUUAGAUCAUUGGUUAGUUUAGGCAUAUUAAUGUGCAUGCAAAAGUGCAAUUGUAAUUUUUUUCUUUCUUUUUAUUCGUUUAGAUCUACAUAGCUGCGAUUGUAAAUUGAGAUGGUGAUUACAUGUCAUUAUUGUAUACCUAAAUGCUAAUUAUAUAUAAUUUCCUUGUU